CUUCUAGAAAGUGCCAGGUACUGGGUGCUCAGUUCUUGCUGAGUGUGGGCAUCUGGAUGUUAGUAUUCAGUCUUGGUUUUCUGUGCAUCUUUGGGAAGCGCAGUUCUCUCUCCAGACUUUACUUUCCCCACUUGAAUCCAUGGCUCUGCGGGCAGGCAGUCACAGUCGUGGAGGCCAGCAGCCCUCAGGGUGAUCAUGGCAACUAAUCUGAGGUCUCAGAUCUUGAAGGGAGAAAAGAUAGAGAGGCCAGGGGCCGUUUCUGCUAUACCCACACAAAGUGUCAUUCUUGCCUAAUUUCUGAUUUCCCUUGAGGGAUGAAGGCAUGGGUAGUUGAGAAUUCUCUGAGUGGUCUUUAGUAGCACAUGAUUGACAGAGGCCCUGGACCUCUUAUUUUUUCCUUCUGGUCAUGCCUGACGUCUUUCAGGUCCCUGCACAACCUGUUUUCUAGAUGGGAGUACAUCGGCCACUGUACCACUGUAGGGGUUUCAAUCUCUGAUGUGUACACAGAGGCAUUAGGAACACGACUUUUUUUUUUUAGGUGGGUGCAGCGUACUUUAUUGAUGAUAUUCAAAAGAGCAGGGAGGGCUCCUAGGCCCCUCCUGUUAUUAUGGGGUCUGGGAUGGAAUUGUGAGGGAGAUGCUCAGCGUUGGGGGCCAAGUUGGGAUGGGGACUCCUCAGCAACUGAGGGCCUCUCUCUUGCUCUCAGUAUCCUUGCUGGGCUGGGGUGGGUGGUCCAGGGUUUCUUACUCCUUGGAGGCCUUGUAGGUCAUGAGGUCCACCACCCUGUUGCUGUAGCCGUAUUCAUUGUCAUACCAGGAAAUGAGCUUUACAAAGUUGUCAUUGAGAGCAAUGCCAGCCCCAGCAUCAAAGGUGGAAGAGUGGGAAUUGCUGUUGAAGUCGCAAGAGACAACCUGGUCCUCAGUGUAGCCCAGGAUGCCCUUCAGUGGGCCCUCAGACGCCUGCUUCACCACCUUCUUGACGUCAUCAUGCAUGACAGAUUUCUCCAGGUGGCAUGUCAGAUCCACAACAGAUACAUUGGGGGUAGGAACACGGAAGGUCAUGCCAGUGAGUUUCCCAUUCAGCUCUGGGAUGACCUCGCCCACAGCCUUGGCAGCACCAGUGGAUGCAGGGAUGAUGUUCUGGGCUGCCCCACGGCCAUCAUGCCACAGCUUUCCAGAGGGGCCAUCCACAGUCUUCUGAGUGGCAGUGAUGGCAUGGACUGUGGUCAUGAGCCCUUCCACGAUGCCAAAGUUGUCAUGGAUGACCUUGGCCGGGGGAGCUAAGCAGUUGGUGGUGCAGGAUGCAUUGCUGACAAUCUUAAGGGAGUUGUCAUAUUUCUCAUGGUUCACACCUAUCACAAACAUGGGGGUGUUGGCUGAAGAUGAUGACCCUUUUGGCCCCACCCUUCAAGUGCUCCCCGGCCUUCUCCAUGGUGGUGAAGACACCAGUAGACUCCACGACAUACUCAGCACCAGCAUUACCCUAUUUGAUGUUAGCGGGAUCUCGCUCCUGGAAGAUGGUGAUGGGCUUCCCAUUGAUGACAAGCUUCCCAUUCUCAGCCUUGACUGUGCCGUUGAACUUGCCAUGGGUAGAGUCAUACUGGAACAUGUAGACCAUGCAGUUGAGGUCAACGAAGGGGUCGUUGAUGGCAACAAUCUCCACUUUGCCAGAUGCAGAGCAGAAGGCAGCCCUGGUAACGAGGUGUCCAAUACAGCCAAAUCUGUUCACAUUGACCUUCACAAUCUUGUCUAUGAGACGAGGCUGGCACUACAUGAGAAGAUGCAGCUGUCUCUGGAACAGGGAGGAGCAGAGAGCCGGAGAACGACUUUCUAAUAGGAAACGCAGGCUGAAGUGUUCCAGUCUCUCAUUCUAGUCUCAUUGGUGACUUCUGACCUUGCUCCACGACCAAGGGUUGAGGUGGUUGCCAUCAUGUCUGUCUUCGUCUGUGGCCCCAUCACUCCAUCUCUGUGGACUCUGUCAUAAGAAUACCUCAGACUUCAUGUAAGGGUCACCCAAUCUAAGACAAAGUCAAGAGUCAAACUCCCAAGAUCCAAUUCCCCAGCAAGGCAGUCCCAUAUUAACCAGCAGGCCCUGGGGGUGGUGCUGGCUCCUGUGGGAAGGAUCAUUUAGUCACUUUCUCUGCCUCGUGUCCUGCUGUGGAAGGGAGGCCUGCUGCUGUAAGGUCUCUUCAAGCAUCUAGUGUUGUCCUUUAUCCUGGAGCGUCCCUGAGGAGCACAACCCCGACACGUCUGCAGGUGACUGCCUCUACGUCCUUGGCAAACGCUUCUCACAUUCCCUUCUCCGUGGGAGUCAGAGCCAAUUUGUAAUAAGCAAGAGCAGUUUGACCCAGAUUAAAAGAUACAAUUAGUCCGUCUGCGUGGUAAACUUAAAAAAGCACCACUUACAGAAAGUUUUUUUUUUUGUUUUGUUUUUUUGACAAAGGGAGACGUCCUGGCAGAAAAAUAAGCCCCCUACCUCCCACUCCCACCCUGCCACCAAGGGCCUGGUAAUUUACUGCAGACACUCCAGUCAGGAGGUAGAACAGCCGCCGGGGAGCCAGGGUGGGGACAAGUGUCCUCAGGUGGAUGGGUGACCACCAUUGAUUCAGAACAGCCUAGAAAGGACAGAGGACCCUCCCGUUUUCCUUGCAUCUGUGGCUGUCACAGAUGCGGGGACAUUCAGAACUGUAUAUGAAAGUCCUACUCCCUCUAGACUGACUGUCCUCAGUAUCAGUUAGGCUGUGGCUUUGGCUCAAAUGGAUCCUGAAGCCAUCAACUCAAGGACACUAGUAGAUCUGAGGAACUGUGUCCCGAGGGGGUCUCUCUGUGGCUGGUCCUCUCCUUCCUUUUUAGGAUGGAUCUGGGCUUCUGCCAUAGGGAUAUAUACUCAUAGGUACUUUGAACUAUUACCCACGGUACCUGCAUGUUGACUCUCUGAUGCAAAUGUCCUUAUUUUUGUCUUAUUCAUUUUCCUGUUGCUAUAACAAAAUGCCCGAGUCUGAACAACUUAUAAAGACAUUUACUUGGCUCAUGAUUCUGGAGGACGGAGCAUUCACAGCACGCCCUUGGCCAUAGGAAAGCAGGUUCUUUCAGAAAGAGCAUAAGGUGAAUAGGAAGAAAGGGCAGGGAAGGGAGGGCUUCAUGUCCUAUGACGAGGGAUCUAGAGAAUCCCACGAGAACUGACCUAUUCCCAAGCAGCGGCACGAAUCAGUCUCACCAUAGAGGAGAGGUUCCGAUGGUUUGAUUUAAUCUGGAAUCUGUGUUUACUGCUGCUGAAGGUCCUUGCCUCCAAUUGGUUUUUCGAUCUAUCAAUAAAGAUGAUAGUGGCCAAUGGCUAGGAGGAAAGAAAGAGGCGGUACUUCCAGGUUGCCACUGGCGAGGAGAGAGGAGAGGGAGGAGAUCGAGAUAAUAGGGGCAGAGAGACGGAACAAACUCAGAGCUGUAUGGGGAGAUCUUCCGAUAUGAGGGCGGUAAAGUAAAGCAGCCCACAGAAGGGCAGCCCAAAAGUGUCUUGGGCAGCAGGACCAAUGGGCUUCAUAGAAGGUAACUGCGUGACUAAAUUGAGGGCAGAUCAUGCCGGGAGAGAGGGAGAGAGGAGGAAGAUGAAGGAGGAACCUGCUAUCGACCAGAGCCACGUGGUCAGGAGAAACAGCAAGUAACAAGGGGCCUUAUAGCUGGGGCGUAAGUCAGUAUAGCCUUAGAUCUGCCGAAUCUAGGCUUAUGGCUUAUAAGUAAACUAUCUGUAUUGCCUGUCUUUAUACGGGCUUAUUAGGAUUGAAAAGUCCAGCAACAAGUGAUGUGUCUGACUGGAUCCUUAGGGAAGGGAGAGAUUUGACUCACUUCCACAUAAAGGAAGGGUCAAGUUGAAGCGUCUACAUACCAAGGAACACCAAAACCAGCCAGCCCAGCAAGUAUCAGAGGCUCACAGGAGACCAGUGCAUCUUCCCUUUUGAGCACCCAGAAGGCUGCUGUGGCUGUCUGGCAUCCCCCUAGGAUUUCCAGCCCUGGCGGUGAGGCCAUGUAUCUCUGUCUUUCAUUCAUUUUUUAGCACAGCUUGUUCCCCAGGAUUGGACCCUGUAGAUUCAGCUGAAACUCUCUAGAAAAUUCUGCCUCUGAGCCAAACACCUGAGGGCUGCUGUUGUUUUUGUUGUUGUCUUUCCCUAAGCAAUACAGCAUAGGAAUGACUUGUGAGGCAUUUAUGCCAUACGUAAUGUUAGACGUUGUCUAGAGUCUGAGGAUUUGGGGAGAUUCGUACAGCAUGAAGCCACGCUGUUAUAUCCAAGAUGUCUGAGCAUCUGCUGACUGGGCUCAGAGGCUUCCUGGAAUACAGAUACCAGUGGAUACCUUGCAACUAGGAAAGAUUUGGAACAGGUUCCCGGUGACCUGGGUGACCCGCAGCUGUCCCUAACACUGAUUUUAUUUGUUACUUUCCGUCUCUUCUAUGGUGAUGCAACCAAUGAGGCUAGAUUCUGCUGGGAAUUUGCACACCUCUCUUUCUGUCUCUCUGUCUCUCUGUGUUCCUGUCUUUCCUCUGUCUCCUUCUGUGUCCCUCUCUCUUUCUCUGUUCUUCCUAUAAGAACACAGACAAGGUUUAUGCCAAAUGAAACCUCUGCUCUUUUUAUACGGCUUCACCAGCUGACAGCUGUAAUAUCAGCUCGACAGGGGCCAGCCUGUGACAUGGGGAAAGGGCCAGAAGGCCUUGAUGAUGCUGACCAUGUUCCUGAGGUGGACACUGGAGCUGGAUUUCUGAAGGAAAGGUGAACCUUGAGCCAUUCAAGUUACUGCCACUACAGUUUAUUACCCAAGUGCCCAGAAGGCUCUGUGUCACAGGUCAGUGUCCCGCUGGCUCAGGCAUUACCAACCUUGAGGUUGGUACAACCUCUGUGGAUAGUUCGUGAGUCCUGCAAGGAUGGCUUGCACUCUUUCUUGUUGACUGUUGGUCUUAGUUUUAAAGAAUACUAGGGCCAUUUACCAUUUAUUAGACCAAAAGUGGCCAUAUGAAAGUUCUUUAAGGACACUUAAAUCAGGUUCUGCCCAAUUGCUGAGCCCAGCACUCUGCUGUACCCGUAGCAACCCAUGUUUGUCAGUGAGGAGGCCAACGAAUAAGGAAAGCCCACAAAGAAAUUAUCUUAUUCUGUUCAUUUGAUGCUUGAGUUGCCAGUAUGUGAGGAAGGAGGAAGUGGACCGAAGGGGAAAAAAAGGACCUACUGUGGUCCUUUUCUUGUAACUGGUCACUUGAAAAGAAAAUCUUGUCUACGAUCCCUGGGACAAUAGGAACUUCACCAAAUGGUCAAAUGACUGACAUGGGAGUUGGGGGGUGGUCUCCUACUUAGCCACUGCCCCCUACCACCACCACAGAGGUACCCAGGCACAGACUUGCUGGAUUAUAAACCAGCACCCUGAGCAUCUCCAGCUCUUCUGCUGUAGGACGUCCAAGAAGCCUUUAGAGACACAUCUGAGUACACGUUCCCAUGCCUGGAAGCUGGCCACAGCACCCUCGCAUCCUGGGGCCUGACAGGCUGUGCACAUUCAUCCCACAGCUCCUGCCUAUGGAGCUGACUCCUGUGCUAACCCGAGAGGUGGCAACUAGCUUUCUUGGCAUGGCUCUUCGAUCCCUCCCUGCUCAUGCUAGUUUAAAUCCCACUGAUUAAGCUAAUUUGUUUCCUGUUUGCUCCUGGCUGUAGGCUUCAGACAGCUUAGCUUUGCUGUUCUGUGUACCAACUAGGCCAUCCCCCUGUUGUAGUUCCUGUCUCUAGCUAACAACAUCUGAAGGGGGAAGAUGGGCAGGCUCAGUGCAAUGUGACUCCAGAGCUAGCAGUCCGAGGCUCCUGCUAUGUCUGAGAGCUGGGGUGUGGGAACGUGAAGGCUUAUGGGUGCUUGGGAGGAAAAGGAGGCCACCCAGCUGGGGUCCCCCCUCAUCUGACAGAAAACAAAUGUGAGUAAUCACUAAUCAUAUGGAUGCUGCAAUGAUUGGAGUUGAUGCAGGUAACAUAGGUCCUGGCAUCUCAGCCAACCUUCCUGGACAUUUCCCAGGAUGCAGUGCCAUUCUUGUGCCCACUUUGCAGGUGAUGAUUCCAAGAUUAAGAAGUGAAGUUCUGCACAGUGUCUGUCUUAGGACAUCAGCUUCAAAGCCCGAGGCGUUGGACUCAAGAAGCCAUUUCAUCUCUAGACGGCAUUUCCAGCCUGUGCCUACAGGUGUUGACUGGAAAAAGAAUCAGCAUCCACAGCCUGAGAACAGAAAGGGGAGGGGCUCUGGAAAUAGGCUAGGGUCAGAGAUCUGAGACAUUUGUAGCCUACUGGGUGUCCCCAGAUGGCAUGUUUCCAUUUUAAAGUGACAAACUAGGAAUACAGCUUUCUCCCAGCUUCCCUCAAUGACUGGAUUCUGUCUGGAAAGAGGACUGAUUUUCUCAUAACGCUUCUGAAUCUUGUUUAUUUUUAAUGCCCAGAGGAUUCUCUAAGAGAAUCUCUUGCUGUGUUUAUCUUUUAGGAAUUGGCCUGCAAACUGCUUGGUUAAUACUCCCCAAAGCUGCAUAUGCCAUAUCCUAGCUACCUGCUUCUGAGUAGAUACUGAAUAGAAAUGAACACACUUUUGGAGCAGAACUUGGAGCGCCAAAGCCGUGUAUGCGAUCGCAUACAGCUGAGAGUUUAAUGAGAUGACGCUACACAGUGGACUAUUAUACAGCAAGGAAGAUGGAAAGACUUCAGCUAUGUCCUAUUCAAGGCAGAGCUUCAAAUCUGCCAUGUUGACUUAGCAGAAGUCAGACUCAAAGUUCGUCCAAUAGAAUUUCAUGCACGUAA